AUGGUGAAAGGUGUGUAUGGGGGGGGGGGACUAACUGCAGCUUGGUUUAUUGUUCUUCUCUCUCUCUUUUUUUCAUCCGCUCUCUCUCUCUCUUUUUUUCAUCCGCUCUCUCUCUCUCUUUUUUUCAUCCGCUCUCUCUCUCUCUUUUUUUCAUCCGCUCUCUCUCUCUCUUUUUUUCAUCCGCUCUCUCUCUCUCUUUUUUUCAUCCGCUCUCUCUCUCUCUUUUUUUCAUCCGCUCUCUCUCUUUUUUUCAUCCGCUCUCUCUCUUUUUUUCAUCCGCGCUCUUUCUUUUUUUUCAUCCUCUUUCUCUCUCUCUUUUCAUCCUCUUUCUCUCUCUCUUUUCAUCCUCUUUCUCUCUCUCUUUUCAUCCUCUCUCUCUUUUCAUCCUCUCUCUCUUUUCAUCCUCUCUCUCUUUUCAUCCUCUCUCUCUUUUCAUCCUCUCUCUCUUUUCAUCCUCUCUCUCUUUUCAUCCUCUCUCUUUUCAUCCUCUCUCGUAUAUAA